AAGGACAAAGGACGGUUAUUGUGCGUUGAGUCUGGACAGCGGAAGCAAAGCAAACUCCCACUCGCUAACUACACGAGGCCUCCCUGCCCCCCUCUGCGUUUCUCCUCCGCAAGUCUCGCUUGUCUCAGACUCUUUCGUCUGCUUACCUUUGUGCUCAGCCCCUAUUUUUCGACAACCAUCUGGCUCCAUGUCCGAACAAUAAAUCUUCGAUUCGUCAAAGACGCUCCCUAUUAGCCUACCCGAACAUCUUUGCACUCUAUAAUCUCUCCCGUCGACGGGCAUAAUCUUCUCUGACAUUCUAGUUUCUCUUUCGACUAUGACCACAAUUCCCGCCCCGACUAUACUUCUCUCUGGCGAAGAGUGGCCCGACGCCGACUUUGAUCUUCCUGAUGGAGAGCCUAUACACGCUUCAGAUGGAGAAUCUGACAAGGACGACGAAGACUGGGAUAAUGAGUUCGACCUUGGCACCACCGGUGGUGCAAACUUAAAGGCUGCUUUGGACUCCGUAGCUGCCCUACCUGAGUUGUCAAGGCGUACGCCCCAGAUGUUCACCAUCCGCCCACCAUUACCCACUCCACCAGAAGAUGACGACGAGGAUGAAGGCGUCUCAACCAUCAAAGCAACCGUUUUACCCAAAAUUCCUGCAAGGCCUACUCAGCCAACUAUCGAGGAGGACUUCGAAGACGGUUUGGCCCUGCCGGAAGAUCUGACACAGCUCUCCCUCCGCCCGUUGUCGCUCAAGACGCAAUCCUCCAAGUCCUCUCUGGAAUGGGGCGAAAAGGACCAGACAUCUUCCUCGCAGUCUUCGGACGCUCCCUCUUCUCUCGGUUUCGCUGACCACUAUCAAUCUUCUAACUACACGUCAGCGUCCCUACCGGAGACAGAGACCGAAGAAGACGACGAUGAAGGUGACCUCGAAGGUCUUGUCAUUCCCUCAGGCUUGUUUGAAUCAGGCCACAGCGGCAAGAAACUGGCCAAACUCCUUGAGGCGAAGAAGCGGGCAACCCCGAUUGAUGAUCGUGUCAAAAUCGCUAGCCCUGACCCCGAAGAUGAUUUUGAAAUGGGACUGGUAUUGGAUGAUGAUUCGGAGCUUAGCCCAAGCAGGCUACUACAGACUGCCCAGCAGAAGUCCCAACGGGCUCUGGCACUGCCGAUACUUCGUAGUAGAAGUGUUCCUGCUCGGCCUACCGCUCCAGUCAGACCACCGUCAAGAUUGAAGCUUGAUCGUGCGAAAUCACCCAGUAAUCCACCGGUCUCAUCCGCCCAACAACUACGUCGUUUGAAUGCACCCCCCUCUCCUCCCCGACUGGCGCCUGCACCUGUGCGUACGCAAACGUACAGCCAGGCAGUCACUUCCGCUCCUUCCACUAGUUUUUCAUUUCUCACUCCUAAGCCCGGAAGUCUUCGAGUACAGAAGUCACAUUCCGGCCUCAAGCCUCCUUCCCCGUCUACGGCGACGCGGAAGUUGUCUCGCAAAGCCUCCCUUCCUUCACUCUCAGACUCUAACCAGGCCCAAGCAUCAGGCUCCGGGUCUAGUAGUGGCAUACCCACACCGACAGCGCGUUAUGAGACUCCCACGGCGUCAUCGCGAGCAAAGGUUCAUAAUAACUCCACAGGUCGUCUACAUAGUUUGGACUACAAUGUUCCCCCAACUCGACCCUCGACACCGUCUUCGAAUCCCAUCGCUCUACGGCUCACAAUGCCAACGUCUUCGUCUCGCAUGAAGACUCGGCUACCAAUUUCAUCCGUAUUCCCUAGUUCUGCCCCAGCGACUGCCGCUCCUCCGCUCCCUCGAUCAACUUCUCCAUUACCCCCUAUGCGUCCGCCUUCCAGGUCGUCCAAUAAGUCCCGCCAUAGUCAAACACAGUCUCUGCCGAUUCCCCCUCCUGUCAAGGUUCUAAAACGGCCGAAACGACAAAAGACAUAUGGCGAUGGUACGGAAUUGGACGGGAUUGAAGAUCUCCCUCUCAACCGAGACAAGGAGAGCCAGUAUCGUGUUGCACCGAAGGGCUUCGGUAACCGUGUCCCAGGUGCUUCAUAUUCUUCAAAAGUUACCGGAGGUGGAUCUUCUACAGGUAAAGGUACACUGCGUCGCUCACGAAAACAUGAUUUGUCCUCUGGUAGUUCAGAUGUUGGCAGCAUAGCCCCGCCUACCAAGACGCUCAAACGUUCCGGUAGAGCCCAGUCAUUCAGUCGACCAACUGAAACGGAUCUUCUUGUAAAGAAGAAACUCCCCGCGUCUCCCGGACAGACCAGACGCAAACCCACUCUCAUUCGAAAUUUAGGCGGUUCCAAUGCUCCCAAAGGUCAGUCAGCCAUUGAAAUGUGUUGCCUAAUUUCGGCCUCAUGUUUUGUCGCAGUUGUUGGAGAGAUGAAAUGGAAUCCCCAAACGCUAAGAUGGGAAGGCAACGACCAAGUCCUUCGCGACUUCGACGCAGCUGUUGGCACGUCAACGCGGCCAGCACUUAUUACCCACCUAACAGGAUCUUCUGUUGGCUCACCUGCAGGCUCGUUCGCAUCCGGAGCUCGGGUGGUUGGUAACAUGAUCUUUGACCCAACGCGCAUGUGUUGGAUAUCGACAUUGCCUCCUGAAGAAGACGAGCCCGACGUCUUCGCCGACCUUGCCGACGAUGAGGAUGAUGACUGGGAGGCAAAAGGCGGUACUAUCCGCGCCACCCAGCAGACUUCGGGAACGGUUACUGAGACUAUCGUCAGCUCGAAUACAUCUCGGGUGGAUGCGCCCAGCCCGGCUCUCAGCCAUCGACGAAGCAUGUCGGAUGCCGAGAGUGACAGAGGCUCUCGUGCGUCGUAUGUAUGCAAUGUCGACGCGGACUUCCUAGAGAAGUGUCGUAUUGCUGAGGAGCGGCAUCGGCAGGAAAUGCGUGGCUGGAUCCCCAUCAACAGAGAUCCACACGCAGAGUUGGACCGCUCAUACCUAUACGACAUUCGAGCACUUGCAACUCGACAAUACUAGGCGCAACUUUGUUAUCUUUGUUUUGUAUAUGCUGUCAUAUGGAUACUUUUCAUUACGACCCCAUGACGACGACUCUCUUUAUUUGCCUUUUCUCUCUUUCUCUCUCUCUCGCCUCAGUCUUGUGAGUUUGUCGAUUUGUUUCGCUUACCUGUCCGUCACUUGUUGCAUACUGACUAUAGUCCUUGUACUGCCCGGUUUCUUGUCCAUACCUUUCACUCCGCAUUUGUUUGUUGGAUGUGCUAUAUCUCGUUAUGUUCUGUCCGGCUGCUCAGGUUCUCUCGUUAUUACUCUACUUAGUCUCUCUUUCUCUUUUCUCAUCGCGUUGCUCUACCUAGUAUGUAUAAAGUUAUGUGGAAACAAGCUUAGCAUGUGAAUAGCGUUCCAGUUCC